AAAAUAUCCUGGGUAUGGAUCAAUUUCUCUCCUACAAUCUCAACCCUGCCUAGAACAACACCAUCAGAAGACCCGAUCUCUGCUUGACUCUCGACCUAAACAACUUGACUAAGUCGAAGGGUGAAAAAUCACGAAAGCAGAAAGAAAGGUUCCCUGUAUCAUCUCGACCAUACUAUCAGAGUUGUCUACAACCUAUCUCUUGACCUGCAUCAACCACCGAGCUUAUCAUGGCUACCAACUCGUCCGCCAACGGCGGCUACUCCGUUGAUACCCUAAAGGGCAACGCCCAAGCUGCCUACGAUCAGAUUGCCAACGGCCCCGUUGCCACAAACAUGAAGGACCAGACUGCUAAGACCGGUGCCGAGUUCUCCAACCUUGCUGACUCUCGUCGCACCCCAUCAAAACCAGCUGCCACCGGUCAACCUCUAACACAUUACCACUCUUUCUUCUCCGAGCUGCUAUCAUGGAAGAAUCCUCGAGCAUCAGGUAUUGCCUACGCUAGCAUCGUUGCUGUGAUCUUUGCCGCUCGAUACCUCGACAUCAUUCGAUACUUCUUCAAGGCUACAUGGGUGACCUUAGGUUUCACCGUGCUCGCUGAAGUUCUCGGAAAGGCCGUUCUCGGCAAUGGCCUUGCGUCUCAGAUACGACCCCGCAAGUACUACACUCUCUCUCGUGAGACUCUUGAUGCCGCGAUUGGUGAUGUUCAUGAGCUUGUCAACUUCUUCGUCAUCGAGGCUCAACGCAUUUUUUUCGCUGAGAACGUUUCCGCUUCAGUUGCUGCCGCAGCUGGAGCUUUGAUCUCCUACUACCUAGUCAAGAUUGUCCCCUACUGGGGUCUUGCCCUGCUUGGAACCACUGUUCUGUUCCUGGCUCCCCUCGUAUACACCAGCAACCAAGAGCUCAUCGACCACUAUGUGCAGGAAGGUUCCGACAUGUUGAACAGCCAAACCGAGCAACUACGCCAGGUCGCCAGCAAGCAUACUUCGCAGGCCACUGAGAUUACCAAGCAAUACAUGGGCGACUACACCGCCAAGGCUCAAUCGAUGCUUCACCGUGGCGGCUCCGCUUCUCCCGAGCCUGUCUCCAAGCCUGCUCCUCAGUCUAACAUUAAGGAGACGGACUUCCCCGAUGCUCCUAAGCAGGGUUUCAAGUCCGAAGAGCUCGGAGUCAAAGGCGUCGAGGAGCCUUUGGUCGCUUAAUUCGGCUCCUGGACAAAUGGCAAUCGCCUCCGACCAGUGUACAGACUCCAUCUACUACGCUACGCCCCUUUCCUGUGGCCGGAUUGUUUGACACAAGUUGACGAAAAUUUGGUGAGAGACGAGGCAUGACUAUAUUCAGGUGAAUGAUUAGAACUGAAGUCGCUUGAGAUGUUCUCUUUUUGCUAGGUGGCAGUGGGGGUAACUUCCCAACCCUACAUCUCGAGAGGAAUUGUCUUUGGUUGAACCUAUAUGGCGGUUCGUGGCGCGUUCAGUGCUAGGGAGUUUUGAGGCCCCCAAGUGUAUGUAUGACACGGGCUUUGGGGAUGACGACAUGUACGGAGCCCAUUCCUUCAACGGGAAGGGUGAAACAUGGGAAAUAUGUGGCGAGACUCGCGACACGGCAAUUGCGGAAUACGGGACACAUAAUCACGGUGAGGACGGUGUUACGGUGCAUGAUCACAAGUUCUCCUGAUCUGGGAGGGGUUUUCCAUUAAUUAUUUCCUCUGUAAUUCGGCGAAGUGUAGCUCUUACGUUUAUGAAUCUUCCUCAAAAACAU